AUGUCCGUACAAAAAGUCGAAACUGAGGUGAAAAUAACUCCUAGCGAUCCGCUUAUUCUUCCUCCGACGAUUACUAAUGAAAAACAGCCGCGUGGAAUUCAUCGAUUUUCCGGUAUUUUCUAUGCUCUGUUUUCGUCUUUUCUCUUCACCUUUUCAACAUUUACAAUCAGACAACUGGGCGUUGACUUACUCGAUGCGUUACUCAUACGUUUUUCGAUUCAACUUCUAUUGACACUCUCAUUUGCGUUACGCAAAAAAUACACACUCCUCAGUGGAACAGGUUUACAAGUAUUUCUACAGAUUAUUUGUGCCUUGACUGGUGCCGGUGGUUUCGUUCUCUUUUCUCUUGCUCUACGUGUAAUCGUGUAUCGUGAACGACCUUCGAUAGGUACAUUGAUAUCCUUGCCAUUAACUUGUCUCGGAGUGGUAUUCGUGACCCAACCGAGUUUUCUAUUCCACUCCAAAGAUGAAACGACCGGCGAUGCUAUUGAAAAUAAGUACCGUAUAUUUGGAUUCAUUAUGGCAUUUGGUUGUGCAUUGACGUCGGCUAUUAAUGUUUUAUUAUUCAAGCAAUUGAUCUCGAUAUCGCAGGACAUUAAGCCAAGUGUAUUGAAUUUUCAUUUUGCAGCGGCAAUGUUCUUAUGUUUGGUGACCAAUCAAAUCUACAAAGUCUUUUAUUUGCAAACAACGUAUUCAUUCGACCAUAUUCUCUCCUGGCGUUUUGCCUUGGCAUCAACUGUUUGUUUGAUCACGAUCCUAGCAAGUAUCCUUACGCAAAAGGCAAUCAAACGCGAACAUCCAGCCGUCUUCUCACUUCUCGGUUCGGCUGAAAUUAUCUUCGCGUUGAUUCUUCAGAAUAUCUUCACGAAAGAUCGUUCAAAUUUAUACGCGCUAUUCGGUUCGACAUUGGUCAUCCUCAGUGUCGUCGUACUCGGCAUCUCCCGAAUCAUCAACGAACGACGACAAGCGAAGAAAACGAAAGAAAACACAAAUCAUUGUUAG